GUUUGAGCUGUUCUCUGUUAAACCCUAAACCCUAAACCACACUGUCAACUCAAACGGCUCCUCUCUCUCCCUCUCUCUCACUGCACGGAACAGGACUCGUCGCAUUCUCUUCAUUUCCUCCGAUUGGCCCUCGCACGGCGUCGCAGCAUACGCUUACUUCCCGUGAGGGUUGCGAGCCAUGAAGGUCCGAGGCUCGAAGAAGAAGGGCGGCGCGGUUGGUGGAGGCGGCAAGGGAAAGGGAAAGAACCAUAGGAAGCUCUCCAUCAACGAGGAUUCGUUCUUCAGCCACAAGAAGCGGAGGAAGAUGGACGAAGAUGAGGACGAGGACGUUGACGACGGGAUGAUGGACAGCGAUAAUGAGGACGGGCAUUUCGGGGCUGGGCCGGUGGGGGAGGCGGAGGAGAACGAGUUCGACAGGGAGACGCCUGGCGAGAAGCGGCAGAGGAUGGCGAAGGCUUACUUGGAGAAGGUUCGGGAGAUGACAAAGAAGGAGAAUGAUGAGGAUGAGGAGGAUGAGGAGAUGGAGAAGGAAGGUUUGAGGGAUUCCCUUGUCUCCAAGUUUUUGCAGCAGGAGCAGCUCGAAGAGAGCGGUCGAGUCCGCAGGCUCAUAGCUUCCAGGGUGCAGAAGGCGGAACCGGCUGAUCAGUUUCGUCUACUGGUGAAGCAUCGGCAGUCCGUAACAGCUGUAGCAUUGUCCGAUGAUGAUGUCAGGGGCUUUUCGGCGUCUAAGGAUGGGACAAUUUUGCAUUGGGAUGUUAGCAGUGGAAAGGGUGAACAAUACCAUUGGCCUAGUGAGGAGGCACUGAGAUCUCAUGGUGCCAAGGAUCCUCAAGGUCGGGCUACAAAGCAUAGUAGACAAGUUUUAGCUCUUGCCAUUAGCUCUGAUGGUCGAUAUUUGGCAAGUGGAGGCUUGGAUCGCCACGUUCACUUGUGGGAUACUCGUACCCAGGAGCACAUACAGGCUUUUCCAGGCCAUCGAGGGCCCGUAUCUUGCAUAACUUUUAGGCAGGGGUCUUCAGAGCUCUUUUCUGGUUCAUUUGAUAGAACCAUCAAGGUGUGGAAUGCUGAAGAUAGAGCUUAUAUCAACACCUUAUUUGGCCACCAAAGUGAAGUUUUAGCGAUAGAUUGUCUAAGGAAAGAGCGUGUUCUAACUGUUGCACGAGAUCGGACUAUGCAGUUAUUUAAGAUACCUGAGGAAACAAGAACAAUUUUCCGUGCUUCAGCAUAUUCUCUAGAAUGUUGUUGUUUUAUUAGCAAUGAUGAAUAUUUAACUGGAUCUGAUGACGGUAGCAUCGAGCUAUGGACCCCAAGGCGGAGAAAGCCCAUGUACGUUGUUAAGAAUGCCCAUCCCUUCUUGAACAUUAACAAUAAUUCCUAUCAAGUAGAAGAUGGAAGAGUCGCAAAUGGUUAUAUUGAAAAUGGUGAGAGGAAUCCAGAUAAUCAUAAAUCCUCGUCUGCAUAUUCCUGGGUUGGCUCAGUCGCUAUGUGUGGAGGCAGUGAUCUUUUUGCAUCAGGAGCUGGAAAUGGUUGUGUUCGUCUAUGGACUAUUGGAAGUGAGACCAAAGAUAUACAGCCCUUACAUGACCUUCCACUGGUUGGGUUUGUGAAUUCUUUGGCUUUUGCAAAAUCUGGACAGUUCCUUGUAGCAGGAGUUGGACAGGAACCUCGACUAGGAAGGUGGGGACGUCAACAGGAAGCAAGGAAUGGUGUUGCAAUUCAGACUCUUAAGCUCUCAUAAAAAUGGGCAGAUCAUCGUCAGAUCCUGAAAGCUCCUGCAAUUUUGACUUGCCGAGUGUCUCAUCUUUGGUUAUCUGUAUUGUUGCUUGUUCUUAUAGUUGAUUAGCUUUUAAAAAAUUAACCAAAUUACCGGCCUCCAUGUAUGCCAAUCUUGUGAAAUUAUUUAGGAAAGAAAAUGAAAGUGCAAUGAGAGGAAAUUUUUGGAUCUUAGGUGGUCAUUCCAGGUUGAGAACUCUUGUUCGAUUUUUUGGCCAAGUUUUCACACAGCUGCAUGAGAAACAAUGUGCGGCUUUCUCACUGUACAUGGAUUCUCUGAUCAAUGAGUUGUUGCAAUGUUUAAACAAAACAGCCAAAAAUUGAAAUGUGAA